GUAAGAAUUUUAGAGGGAUAUAAUUAGAAGUUUUAUAUCUUAUCAGGGGCUGAAUGAGAUUUAACAAUAAAACCAAAACCAUCAAAGUUUCCGGAGAGCCAACAUAAGAACACUUUUGCUGAAGCUCAGACAGAGAUAAUUUAAAGCUGGCUUACUCUGCGGCUGUCAUCAGAAGGCAGCAGUUCUUGAUAAGGUGUUUGGGAGGUUCUGCUGAGAAAAAGGACUUUAAUUUUCAGAGUAUUAGAAUGCAAUCUGUAAUGAGUAGUGGGCCAAGCUUGGAGGCUGAUGCUGUCAGCAUUUUGAGAUCAAUAAUUCCGGGUCUUGAAUCAACUAAGCAUAAAGGCCAAGCUGGGAAGAUAGCUGUUGUUGGUGGCUGUCGAGAAUACACUGGUGCACCAUACUUCUCUGCCAUUUCAGCCUUAAAGAUUGGUGCAGAUUUAUCUCAUGUAUUCUGUACUAAAGAUGCUGCUCCUGUUAUAAAAAGCUACAGUCCUGAGUUAAUUGUGCACCCUAUUCUAGAAGAGUCCUACAGUAUUAGGGGCGAGGAGAAAAGUUUGAUAUCAGCUAAAGUGAUUGCUGAGGUUGAGAAGUGGAUGGAGAGGUUUGAUUGUCUUGUUGUUGGUCCAGGCCUUGGAAGGGAUCCGUUUCUCCUGGACUGUGUUAGUAAUAUCAUGAAGCAUGCAAGAGAGUGCAAUGUUCCAAUGGUUAUAGAUGGGGAUGGGCUUUAUCUCGUGACUAAUUGUCUUGAUCUGGUUAGUGGUUAUCCCUUAGCAGUGCUGACACCAAAUGUGAAUGAGUAUAAAAGGCUUGUUCAGAAAGUACUAAAUUCUGAGGUAAAUGACCAAAAUGGAACCGAUCAGUUGCUGUCUCUUGCAAAAGGGAUUGGUGCUGUUACAAUCUUGCGGAAAGGAAAAUCUGACUUCAUCAGUGAUGGUAAAACAGCUUGUGCAGUGAGUAUUUAUGGUUCUCCACGGCGCUGUGGUGGGCAGGGUGACAUACUGUCUGGAAGUGUUGCAGUGUUCCUAUCCUGGGCCCGCCAGUGUGCGGCUAAAGGGGAGGUUAGCAUGAAUCCAACCAUAUUAGGAUGUGUCGCCGGAUCUGCUUUACUGAGGAAGGCAGCAGCUUUGGCAUUUGAGAGUAAGAAAAGGUCUACGCUCACUGGUGAUAUCAUCGAGUGCUUGGGAAGAAGCUUACAAGAAAUAUGUCCAGUCUAAUAGUUAACUUCAUGGAGGGUUUUCUUGGGAGCACAACACUUGUACUCCAAACUUGAAGAAACAGUUGUAUGGUAAAGGGCAAAGGGGGAACAAAGAAGGAAAAAAAAUGGAAAGUAGGGAAACUCGUCCUCUUUGUUGAUGCUAAUAAAGACUGAGGUGUGUGAAUAGCUACUCUUUUUUGCAGUUGUAACGUCUGAUCGCUGAUCCUGUAGGUUUUAGUCUCAUGCCUAUGCUCAGUGAUAAAUAUUUCGUAUUACUAAUCAUAAGCCUUACUAGUUUUUUGGGCAGUGAAGUUCUUUUACAUUUUCAGUACUAUAUUUUACUAGCUCUAACAGGUUAUCCUAUCCACCUUCGGUUCUAUGUUACUAACUCAUAUUUGGUGUAAACCCUUUCCCCAUUGGCUAUUAAGUGAUGUCACCGGUUUAGUAUUGGAUCU